UUGAGUCCAGACUGCUCUGGUUUCCGUCCACCUCAAAUCUCUUUUUUCUUCCCCUAGAUCUGGGAUCGUUCCACCUUCUGGACAUCAGCUCUGUUUUUGCAGGUCCCUGGGAGGUCUGAGUCGCAGCACUUCCCCUUCCCCCAUUUCCUGGUUCUGCUGGAUGCCCGGCAAUUCAGUCUCCUUCUCCCUCUCUGACCACAUGGGUGGAGUCUCUCACCUGAGGGCAGGGCCUGGGCCUUUGUGACUCCUGUGGGUCCUCACCCUUGUAAAUCCCUGUAUGCCAGCCUGCUGCCUAGGAAGAGAAGAGCAAGACCUCUCCCCCUCUGGGAUCCUUCUCCCUGCCCAGCUCAGUCUGCAGAGGACCAAGGCCUGGCCCCAGCAGGGAGCCUGGAGCCAGAGGGAAUGGCCCCUGGGAGCAGCAGCCCCCCUCCCCAGGGGUUGGUGACAUUCAAGGAUGUGGCUGUGGACUUCACCCAGGAGGAGUGGGGCCUCUUGGACCAUCCUCAGAAGGAGUUGUACAAGGGGGUCAUGCUGGAGAAUGCCCGGAACCUGCUCUCCCUGGGGCUGCCAGUUCCCAGAGAAGACAUGAUCUCUUCCUUUGAGCAAAGGGAAGGCCCAUGGAUGCUGGAGCCAGAAGGCCUGAGGAGCUGCUGUCCAGAUGGAGAGAUGAGCGUGGAAAUGAAGGAAGCUGCUACAGAGCUAAGCCUUUCUGUGGCAGAAACUCCCAAGCAAAGAUUCAUGAGUGAUGGUCCCUCUGCCUUCAAUUGGAGAGAAGUCUGCAUAACACCUGAGAGUAUCCAAACUGGAGAGAAACCAUAUGAAGGUAAUCAAUGUGAGAAGGCUUUUAGAGAGAAGGGAUGUCUUAUUGCACCUCAGAGAACACACACUGGAGAGAAGCCUUAUAUAUGUAAUCAAUGUGGAAAACCUUUUGCAUUUAAGAAUUGCCUUGUGAAUCAUGGGAGGAUCCACACUGGAGAGAAACCACAUGAAUGUGAUCAUUGUGGUAGAACUUCAGGCUAAAGUCAAUCCUUGUACCUUCAGAGAAUUCAUGUGAGACGUAGGACUCUUCUAACUGACCUGAAUGAGGAAGGGCAUGAAAACGGAGUACAGAGAUUCAUAGCAGAAAAUUCACUCAGGAUACAAGCCAUGUAUGAACUCCCUAUGGGAAGGCUUGCAACCAGAGAUCCUCUCUUAUCCUCUCAUCAGAGGAUUUAUAAUGAAAAGAAACCUCAUGAAUGUGCUUAGUGGAAUGUGCCUUACUCUAGAACAUGGAGGUCACAGGUGAAGAUGAAAUUUUGUGUCUGAAUAUAACAGAAAGAUGAGAUAAGGAAAAUAAUUCAUGCGGACCUUCCAGGUUGCACAACCAGAAAAGGAGGCAAUUGUCGGAUAAAUUGCAGAACUCUGUGAAAGAAUACAUCUGGAUGUUUUCAUAACAAGGAAAAGACUUUGUGCCAAUCUUUUGUCAACUGGGGAACAAUCUUUGGUGAAGGGAAGAAAUCAGAUUUGUUUGAUGAAGGAUAUUAGAACUGGAGCAGUUGAAGGGAAUAUUGUGUUCUCCCACAGCCACCUGCAUGCUUGUAUUCAGAGUCCAUCCAGGCUACUGCAGGUGAGAGUCAAGAAACUUCUCAUUAAGUUGAGAUCAUUUCUGCCUCCUCACUGGGAAAGACCACAAUGAGCAGCAGGAAAUGGGACAGCAAUCACAUUUUAAGAAGGCACAGAGAAACGCUCUGAAGAGUGUGGAGCAACAGAGUGGGAGAGGGCAGAGCUCUAAGCCUUGGAAUGGGGUGGGGAAGGGAGGCAGAAUGAGGAAGAGAAGGGAGGGGGAGAAGCAGAAAACAUCUCUCCCCCAACUAUGGCUUAGAGUUGGGAUCCCUAGACAGCUUGGACUAGGGAUGGUUGGGGAUGCAGUGGAUGACCUUGGCAUCUUCCAUGUCUGCCCGAGCUUGAAGCCCUCCACAAAGCCUGCUUCAGCCACCUUCAUGAUUGUUGGAAGAAAUUGUUCUCAUCUGCCCAUUCCUGGGUGGGAGGGCAUUAUUCUUGUGCUUGGGGUUAGCACCCCCUCCCUCACCCAUAGGUUUGUGGCCUUUCAGUAACCUUCAAGCUGGCUUAGCCAGAGGCAGAUUAGCAAGGGUGGCUGCUGGGCAUGCUACAGCUUCUUGGGGCCACAGGGGAGAGUUGGGUGAGAGGUGGACCUCCAAGGAGUGUGAAAAGGGCUCAGCCAGGCCUCCCACCAGAGGGGCUAGUCCUCCUUGAACAGCCAUGUACCUGGAAAGCAAGAGGGGUGGGGCUAAAGACACCCUAGCAAGAGGGAGAGAAUGUUCCCAGCAUGGGGAACAGCCAUUGGAAAGGCCAAGUCAGGAGAUCAGGUCUUGGUCAAACACGAGCCACGAGGACAGUGACCCUGGGUCAGAGAGGAGGAGGAGGAAGAGAGGAGUGAGGUGUAAGAAGACUGGAAAGGGGGUGGGGCUGGUUAUAUGUACCUGCUGUGGGCCAGGCACCUUGUCCAUUUUAGCUCAUUUGAUUCUGCUGCCAGAAUUGUCAGGGUCCUUGUUAGUGACAUUCUGAAUAAGGCACGUGGAAACACACAUGUACACAGAAACCAACACACGAGCACACGUACUCCCAAAUGCACACACCUAAACACACGUGCACAUGCAGAUAUAGAUUUAGAUGUAGAUUUUCCCCUCCUGAGGUCUGGGACUGGCCCAGAGAUUGGGGUGUGAUCAGGUAAGUCCCUUAGGUAGAAAAAGGUAGAGAGAGGUGAAUUUUUUAAAAAAGAGUUUAAAGUAUUAAUGUGAUAAAUGGCCUUUAGUGUUUGCAAUAAAUCCAAGAAAACAA